GGCAUAGGGCCGCACUGGAGGCACUCUGGCCGACUGCCAGAGCUAUUUGCCGCCUCCGACUCCAGCACUGCCUCCAACAGGCAUGUUUGGUGGUUGGAAAUCGGCAGCGGGUGAUUGGUCAGUGAGACAGUGAGAGGCAGCUGAGAGCACCCCGACCCAACAUCCUUCAAGAGGGUGGCAAAGCAACUCAACUGAUUGUCCCAGCAGCUCAUCUACUCGACUGAAAGCACAGGAAUGGCAGCAGCACACGACCAGCCGACCCUGGGUUCGCUGUUCACCAACUGCCUGCAGCGAUGUCGCGAGUCCAGGAAGCUGGUGCUCUUCAUAGUCGCCAUCGCACUCCUACUAGACAACAUGCUCCUCACCACUGUUGUACCCAUCAUUCCAGAGUUCCUAUAUGACAUUCAGCAUCCGAAUGAGUCGAAAAUAAGCGAGAGUCUCGAGCAUGGAGUGCCGAUCACUGUAGCUCCCUUCCACUCCAACGGUCUCAAUGCAUCUGCAGAUGAUAACGCAACAUCUGCAAUACUGAGCGAGGAGAUUCUAAAGAAAAACCGGCACAAAGAUCUGAUCCAUGAAACUGUGGCCGUUGGAAUGAUGUUCGCCUCCAAAGCUUUUGUUCAGCUACUUGCCAAUCCCAUUGUUGGCCCUCUAACACACAGAAUCGGUUACAGCAUCCCAAUGUUCACAGGAUUCAUCAUAAUGUUCCUUUCAACUAUCAUUUUCGCGUUUGGCAGGAGCUAUAGUGUUCUGUUUCUAGCUCGAGCACUACAAGGAAUAGGUUCUUCAUGUUCUAGUGUGUCAGGUAUGGGCAUGUUGGCUGAAAGAUACCCGGAUGACAAGGAGAGAGGAAAUGCCAUGGGAAUCGCACUUGGAGGAUUGGCUCUGGGAGUUUUGAUAGGUCCGCCAUUUGGGGGAGUUAUGUACGAGUUUGUUGGCAAAUCGGCUCCGUUUUUGGUUCUAUCUGCACUUGCUUUGGGAGACGGAUUGUUACAGUUGAUGCUGCUCCAACCUGGUGUGGUGAAACAAGAAGCUGACCCGCCAUCUCUGAAAUCUCUCGUCACUGAUCCCUACAUCCUUAUUGCUGCUGGAGCAAUAACAUUCGCGAAUACAGGCAUAGCCAUGUUGGAGCCGUCGCUGCCCAUCUGGAUGAUGGACACGAUGGGGGCGGGGAGGUGGAAGCAGGGAGUCACCUUUCUGCCGGCCAGCAUAUCAUACCUCAUCGGCACCAAUCUGUUUGGACCUCUUGGACAUCGCAUGGGCAGAUGGUUGGCAUCCUUAUUGGGUCUUAUCAUCAUUGGAGUGUGUCUAAUGUGUAUUCCGUUGGCAAAAAGCUUGAAUCACUUGAUAGUGCCAAAUGCAGGUUUGGGAUUUGCAAUUGGGAUGGUGGACAGUUCAAUGAUGCCAGAGCUGGGAUAUUUGGUUGACAUUCGUCAUUCAGCGGUGUAUGGAAGCGUGUAUGCCAUAGGGGACGUCGCGUUUUGUCUUGGUUUUGCAAUUGGCCCAGCAAUGAGUGGUACAUUGGUUAAUACAAUUGGAUUCGAAUGGAUGUUGUUUAGUAUUGCUAUACUAGAUUUCAUGUAUGCACCAUUCCUCUGUCUACUGAGAAAUCCACCAACCAAAGAGGAAAAAAAGUCUUUAAUUGUUGAUUCUGAUAACACAAACGUGUCUACAUUGGAUUGCGUUCACUGAUCCUGGGUGAGAAAUCAUCAGUGCGUUACGUCACAUACCAAAAUGAAGAAGAAGAGGGAGAAGAGUGAGCAUCCUUCCAAUUGAAUGGUUCACUUCAUGUCAACAAAUAAGAGAACUAAGAAGCUUACAACAACUGAGAGACCAACUAUUGAUAGAAAAUAAAAUACAAUCACUAAAUUACUUAUAGAAAUUAUUUAUUACAAGAGAAAAUUGGAUAAUUAUUUUUUGAAUGAGCAAGAAAACGACCACAUUGAAUCGACAAUAAAGUUAUUGAUGUUGAUUUAUUUUUAUAUACAUCUUUGCCUUGAUAUAUUCAGGUUGGAAUGAAUUUCAAAAUUUCAUACCAAGAGCAUAUUUUGAAAAUUAUUGAUCAAAUAUAAAACAAAGACAUGUAUGUAGAAGAAAAUCAGUAGCAUUAAAAAUUGUAACGAGACUAAACUCUCGACGAAAUUAAUUUUAUUCACAAUAGACGACAGAUUUUCAUCUGAUCCAAAGAUUUAAUCAAUUUAUACUGAUAUGAAGGUAUCUGUGAUAAAAUGAAGGUGCAGAUUUUUGUUAUGUAACAAACAAGCCAUCACAUACUAUUUGUGUUGCAGUAUACUGUAUGUGAGCUCCAGAAACAAGUUCUAAAGUUUCUAGAACUCUCUCAUAAAAUUAUUUUUAAAACUCAAGACUUACAAAUUUAGCUGAAGAUAUAAAUAUAAUUGGAAAAUAUCCAAAAGUGUAUCAUGCACUAAUCUCGUUUGAAAAUUAUUCUAAUAUCAUCCUAUCAUUAACUCUUCUACUGUGAACCGAAGUAAAGGAGAGAUAAUAACCCAAAAAUUAACAAAAUAUUUUUAAAUAAUUCUUCCUUCAGGUUUCAACGAAUCUUCUAUUGAGACUCGGCUAAAUUAUCCCAAAUGUAUUGAGACGGCUAAUUACUGUCUUGUUGUACUGGAUAAGAAUGAUUACGGUAUUGAGAAUUAUCGAAAUCAUCUUAGAUCUCAUCUAUAUAGUAUUAUCAUCUAAAACUAUACACUAAUACACAGUCACUGAAAUACGCACCUCUAUUCUGUAUAACGCACUUACAUUCAAUGCCUCAUAUUGUACUCGUAAACUAACUUUAAUUUCUCAGUUUAGCGAAUUUUUAAAAUCAAUCAAUCGACAAGAUGCUCUUACCAUUAGAAUUGUUCUCUCUAUUGUUCAUAAAAGUCCACCAACAUGUGAACUUUGAUAAUAGUUACCUUCUCAUUGAAGGAGGUACCAAUUUUACAUCAACUAGAGAUCUUAUCUGUGAAAACCUAUGUUUAAUACUUGAACAGGAUUAACAGGAAUUCCAUAAACGUUUUCUUAUCCUGUGUAUGAGAAAUAAUAAUUCAUAAGCAAUCAUUUUAAAAAGAAUAACGUCUGGUGAUUUUCAUAGAGAACUACAACAUAUUUCAUUCAAAUUAAUCUAAAAGCACUCUUGCAAUUAUCAAUCAAGAUUUCCUGAUUGAUGAAAUCAUUCAUUAUUUGCAAUGACUAUGUUGUAAUAUCAUUUUUGGAAACAAAUAAUUAAUUGAACAGAGAACCAGCAACGUUCAACUGGUGAGUUAAUGGUAAAAAUGAAUUUUAUAGAUAUAAAAUCAAGGUGCUCUCGAAUAAUGAGUACCGUACCAUCAUUUCAAUAUUAUGAUUUUAGAAAGUUGAAUAAAACAAUGGGAUUAAUAGUGGAAAGUAGAUGAAUAUUAAUGAAAGAUAAAGAGAUCAAAACUUGAUGAGCAUGAUCACUUUUUCCUAUCAUAAAUAAUCCUUGAUCUUGAAGAGCAUUUCACCUUUCACCCUCUCCAUAGAGCAGUUCUCCUCUAUUCUCCAUAUUUAUAUUGCCUUCUGAUUCUCAACGACAUUAUUUUCCAUUAUUCCCAUCAACUCGAUACCCUGCACCUCCUUAAACAUCUGCAACUUUCUUCUUAAUAAACCUCUGUUUUCAUGACAAAAACUAUCAAGCACUUUCCUCAAAUUAUUCCCUUUGCACUUGCCUAAAUAAAGCACUAUUUCAUGACAAAAACUAUCAAGCACUUUCCUCAAAUUAUUCCCUUUGCACUUGCCUAAAUAAAGCACUAUUUCAUGACAAAAACUAUCAGCACUUUCCUCAAAUUAUUCCCUUUGCACUUGCCAAAAUAAAGCACUAUUUCAUGACAAAAACUAUCCAGCACUUUCCUCGAAUUAUUCCCUUUGCACUGGCCUAUAACAUCCACUUUGCACUUGCAUUCACAAGCACUAUUCCAUACGCACUUCCACUCAAUCUAUCGCACUCGUAUUGCAGUUGAAUGAUCUGUAGUGAUAUAGUAGUUUCCACUUUCUUCUAUAAGCAUUACUUCGUCUACUACUCAUUUUAACUACCCACUUUCAAUGCACUCUUCUUCGUGAUAAAACAGAUAAAACCAUCUACUUUUAUCUUAUUCCAACAAUUCUGAAUAUGAAACUUAUCAAGUACAGUACGAUAUUUACAAGAGCUUUCAAAAGCUGCACUUGCUCCGAACAAAAACAUUUUAUAAGGAAGUCCUGCUAUUUACCUUGGGGCGAAGGAAAUCAGUUAUUUGGUCAAUUUUUAUAGACAAUAUUAUGAAUGAUGUAGAAACAAUAUUAUACAAUUUUAUGGAACCGUAUUGACAAUAUCAUUAAAUUUAAAACAAAAAAUAUCACAAUGGAAUUGAGAGUUGCAAAUAAAUGUUUCAAUGAUUUAUAACAAAAAACUGAAUCAUUAUAAAGUUUGAAAUCAACAUGUAAAACAUAACUCCUCUGCACCUUCAAAUGUUCAUCUUCCGAUAUUGCAUUAAAUUGAUAUAAACUCUAUAUAGUACACCCCGUGAACAAAAUGUUUUUUUGAUGAAUUAUAAGAGGAAAGCUUGAACCAAACAAGAUAUUUUUCAACAGAAUUUUGAUAAUAUAGGUGUCUUAUUUGAGUUAGGCCUUGAAAUGGAUGGCUUAGCUGUAGGUUGGCGUGUAGCCAUAACAAACUCAAGAAUCUCAGUACAAUAACGUGAGACAAUACUGUAUUUAUUAAAAUAUUCAGACUUGAAAAGAUGGGCGUGCAAAAAUUGUUUAUAGUAAAUGUAAAAUUCGAUUAUUUUCGGACGCCCUCGCAAAAAGAUGGCUGUGAAUGGCUGCACACCGUCUGAAUGGACAGAGUCCAACGGGGUAUUCACAAAAGACGUCCAAAAUUUGUCUAAAAUCAUUUUUAUUUAGCUUUCAAAAAUGUGAUGAUUAACGAAGCACAGCCUAUCACUGACCGGCUAUGACUUUGAAAAAAAUACUCUUGCGCAACUGCUGCAGAAAAUUAGAUUUAAGAGUAAUGAACAUUCUACUAAUAGUAUUAAACUUAUUAAGGCAACUAUCCGAUUGACGUCUAACAUAUAAUUUAUCAAAUAAAAUUAGACUAUGAUAUUCAUUAAAGCUACCAUUAUAAUGAAAAUUGAUAUACUCAUGAGCCUAGUAUAAUGUAACAAGUUUUUGAAUGACAAAAUAUUCAAGACAGCGAAAACAAGAACCAAAAAGCGAUGGUAGUAAUUUUUGAGGACGAAGCCUCUCAGGCGUAUGUGGUUUUCUCAGAAAGAAUAUUGGAAUUGAGUGGAUUGUGAAACACUGAUCGAGCAAAACAGGUCAUUACGUUAUUCAUUUUACUAUCCCAUAUCUCUCAAAUCCUUUAGACACAGAUUUGAAUAACACAACUAUAGUAAAGUAGUAUUGAUAUUUCCCGAAUUUGGUUUAUAGAUAAGAAGUUCUUUGAAGCUGUUUUACAGGAAAAUACAAACAUACAAAUCGAGAAGAGAGUAGUUUACAACAUUACUCAACUUGCCAAAAAUGUUACAGGAAAAUAAAAUCACAUAAUCGAAAUAAGAGUAGCCUACAUCAUUACUCACCACUGUAAGGAAGCAUGUUUUCAAACUAUCACAUCAAAAGUUGUUCAAGUUUGUAAAAAUUGUAAAAAGAACUAGUCACUUAGUGUUCAUAUUGUAAAAAUUGUGUUCGUAUUCAUAUACAAUAAUAUAUUAUCUAUCAGUAUUAUUGGAGAUUAUUUUGUUAAUAAAAAUCUAUUUGUUUUGUCUUAGUUGCACACUUGACGUCGAAGCCAGGCUGUUGUUACAAUAUGCUUGAUUGCUUUGACCGAGACUAGACCGUGAACUGACAAUAAACGUAUUGGCUUUGCUGUUGUUUCAAGAAAACGCAAAAUCGUUGACAAUUGAUUAUUUCAAUUUGUAUUAUAAGAGUUAGACAUAAGCUGGUUUGGGUCCGAUAUAAAAAGCAGGCGAUCACCAACCGUUCAAUCACUGAUUGGUGGUAACUGGGAGGUUCGUCUGUACUUAUUGUAUUAAUAAAUACAUACUAUUUCUAAUCGUAAUCAAUUUCUUAUCUUCAUUAUAAAAGUGAAAAUUAUCAAUAUGCUGACACUAACUGAUUAUAAUAUACGAAAAUAAUAUCCUCUCAGUGUUUAUGUGGUACCAAUACAUGGAAUAUCUGUCUAAGCUUCACUGUAACUUAUGUACUUCAAUGGUGUUCUUGCUGAAAUGUGGUGCAAUAAAUGGCAACAAAUACUG